AUGGAAGUCAAUGUGAAACCAACUCCACUGUCAAAGCUGUUCUACUUCAAUCGCGAUAAAUGGGGUUUCUUCGGUUUGGGUCUACUCGCAACCAUUAUCGGAGGUACAAUCACUCCGGUAUUUGCACUGGUUUAUGCGCAGAUUAUCGGGACAUACUCAUUACCAUUGAAUGAAAUGAAGCGAGAAGUGUACUUCUGGUGUGGAAUGUUUUUAGUGAUUGGUGCUGUACAAUCGUUGUCAUUUUUCGCAUCGGCCAUGUGUUUGGGUCGAUGUGGUGAGAAUCUGACGAUGAAACUACGUUUGGAAGCAUUUCGUAAUCUUUUACGGCAAGACAUCGGAUUCUACGACGACUUGCGGCAUGGAACCGGAAAGCUCUGCACGAGAUUCGCUACUGAUGCACCGAAUGUUCGAUAUGUGGGUUUUGCG